CAUAGGAGAGUCCAAAGGGCUAAAAUUUGACCAAACAAAAAUAAAAACAAGGUGGAACUUUGACUCUUGAAUUGGAUUAUCACACAUCAUAACACACAUGUUUUUAUCACUUUAAAUCAUUGCUCUCUCUAGAAGAAACUAUUCUUCUCUCUAGAAGAGGGAGUAGGCUUGAGAAGUUGGGGGGCGUUGCAGGUGGGGCCGCCUGCCCUAAGAUUAGCUUCAAAGUGCAAUUCUUUUUAGAAAACGAGUGCUAUUGAAAUAUGUUAGAGAUACAACAAAGAUGUACCCUAAAUAGGGUGGGGAUGUUUGGAGUACACUUUUUGGGAUACCCUAUCAUUUUCUAUAUUUCUUCGGACAGCGACGCAGCUGACAGGCUGCAUCCUCAAUCAUGUUUACCUCACUGUCCGCCACCGCUGGGCUCCUCUCCGUCCUCCUCCUCCUCUUCAUCGCCUCCGUCUCCGCCACCGACCACAUCGUCGGCGCCAAAAAAGGCUGGAAUCCCGGCGUCAACUACACACUCUGGGCUAACAACCACAUCUUCUUCGUCAACGACUUCAUCUCGUUUAGGUACCAGAAGACGCAGUACAACGUGUUUGAAGUGAACCAGACCGGAUACGACAACUGCACCACGGAAGGCGCCAUUGGGAACUGGAGCAGUGGAAAAGACUUUAUUCUCCUUGACAAGGCUAGGAGGUAUUACUUCAUAUGUGGCAAUGGUCAAUGCUUUAACGGCAUGAAGGUGUCGGUUCUUGUCCACCCUCUUGCCCUUGCCCCGCCGCCCCUCCACUCAAACCACUCCAACUCCAACAAGUCUAACGCCUCCCUCUCCCUGAAGAAGGGGCCUUCUCUUCCGGCAGCGUUUGUCGCUGGAGUUGUGAUGAUGGGGUUUUUGGGAUCAUUCAUUGUGUAGGGUUUUGCUUUGUCAUCGCUCCAGUUUUCAAACUAAUCCAAAUUAUAAUUACUCCCUCGUGUUUUUUAUCAUUUCCUGAUUUAAUAUAGGUGGCUAAAUUGUAAAAAAAAAGUGAAAUGUGCUGUUUUAUUUUUUGUUAUUUAAUGGUAUUAAAUUGGUUUUUUUUUC